AUGUCGGCACGCAAGGAGAAACGAGACAUACAUUACUGGCGAAAACAGGCAGCCACCUUGCCGGAUUAUGUGCCGCCGUGGAAGCGGGAACAGGAAUUGCAGCAGCUGCAACAUCGAGCCUCGAUCCUGUGGUCGCCGCAGCUGCAGGAUCAAGAUGACAAGGCUGUUCGCGAAUACCUCGACUAUGCGGCCAGUCGCUAUGAUAUCGAGGAGGAGCAGGCGCUGUUCAUCCUGCGGCGUCACGGAUACGACCUGCCCCUGGCCCAUCGACGCCUGGCGAAGACCGAGACAGCUCGAGGGUGUCGCUACCAUCGCUGGAAGGCCGAGGAUCUCAUCCGUCUUACCAAGGCCUUCGAGCGAUACGGCACCGACUUCGUGAAGAUCCGAAAGGAGCUACCCCAAUUUCCUCUGGCCGAGCUUCGGCUGUACUUCUCCUUCAUGUCCUCGGCCUAGGAGACUUCGUGA